AUGGAUUCCAAGCUGGUUUUUACCUGCAUUUUUCUCUUCUUCCUUUCGUGGGGUCUCCAAGGUUUCUCACAAGAAAAUCGACAAAUGGAUCUGACAAAAAGUGUAGACAGUUUGGAGCAAGGCCUUGCAGGCGUUCUUCAACAGGUACAUCAACCAAGCGGUGCGGCUGCCGCAACUACAGCCGCUUCUCAAGGAGGAGCUUCUGCAGAUGCAAUGCCAUGCAUGCAAAAGCUAAUGCCUUGCCAGCCCUUCAUGCAUUCUCCCUCACCUCCUGCGACUUGUUGCUCCCCAUUGAAGGACAUGAUCACACAGGAGAAACAAUGCCUUUGCAAGGUCUUCGAUAAUACGGAACUCUUGAAGAGUGUCAACCUCACCAAGGAUGAAGCCUUGGCACUCCCUAAGGCAUGUGGCAUUGAUGUUGAUGUAUCUGUUUGCAACAAUGCAACCUCGCCCGGUUCUUCAACUAACAAUACUUCAAGUGAUUCAAGCAACUCUUCUUCUUCUUCUUCUUCUUCUUCUUCUUCAAACAAUUCAAAUGCUGGCAUUAGGAUAAGUGAUACAGCUGCUGAUGGUGGCUUUUGGUACAUCGUUUCUAUUGUGGCUUUGUUUGCUAACUAA